ACCCUGCAAGCCUGCAAUGCCCGUCUCUCGGUCUCCGCGAUUAAGCAUGAAGACGCAGGCACCAGGCAGACGGACCUAAAAAGGAGCCUUUGCUUCUCGUAGCUCCCUUUACCCCUUCCUUUUCUUUUCCGCUGACAGAAGCCGUAAGCAUCUUGCUGCUGCGCGACUGCGCGAGUGCUCGUCUCUCCUUGUCCUCCUACUACAGUCGUCGUCGUCUCUCUCCAGGGACACACAUCCGCCAUCACCUUUGCUUCUUCGAUUCGCAAGGAGCACGAGUACUCAUGGAGCAUGAAUGAUGCAGCAGCAGGGACAGGGGUGGAGGAGGCGGCAGAUCCCGGCGUUCGGGAGGUGGAACCAGCAUACCGACGAGGCGGGGUACUUGGAGUCGGCGGUGCAGGCUGGCCUCGUCAGGCCCGGCCACUGCUACCACGACGACGGCGGCAACGAGGUUGUGCUGUUCAGGUCCUCCGCCUCGCCGCCUCCGCACAAGCCAGCCAAGAAGGUGCGAAGCACGAUGGAGGGUCACGGUCACCACCAUCAGGUUCAGGUUGAGGCGGGGAGCAGGAAGCAGCGGCCGUUCGUGGCGGGCGACGGGUCCCGCUCCCGCGCGGCCAAGCCGAGGCCGAGGGUCGUUAGGGCGGCGGUGGACGAGGACCUGUACAUUGUCCCUUCCGAUAUGUCGCGCAAGAAGAAAGGGAGGAAACACGUGAGGAGCAUGUGGAUGGGGUGCGUGGGCCUCAACUGCGUCGCCUGACCAGACAUGACCGGACCUUCCGAGCCUUUCUUCCAGCUUUUUCGGGUCGCAUGGAAAAAAGAGAGUCCACGAGACAGACAACCCAGACUAUCUGUUUCAUCCCAUCCAAUGGAUGAUCGUCAAUCACCACGUCGGACACGGGCUCGAUGCCUGCCGUCCAUCCGGAUGUCGCAUAUGUAUAUUGCCUGGUGCUGUCAUUGUGCAUGGGUAUAUCACCAGGCGGCGUGAGUUGUCUGUGGUCCAUGUCUACGUCUACAUUGCAUGCACUUUUUUUUACGAUAAUAAUAAUGGAUAGAUAUUUGGCUUCAA